UUUUAACACUGCUCUCUCUGUUCCGUAUCCUUCUGAUGAAAAGUGGAGUUGGGUUGCGGCAGAGGAAAGAAAUCCAGAAGGGGAAUAUUGGAGUAAUGACUGCAGUGGGAGAAGAGGGAACCUAUCUCCCGGGCCACAGUUUUUUUGCCACGAAAAUGGUUUUCACAAUCCUGAACAUGUACUAUUCAUGCUGAUGGGACAGGAUUCAAUAUGAAUAUAAAUGAUGGAGGAAGACGACGCUUUGAGGAUAAUGAACAUACAUUGCAUAUAUAUCCUGGGACAAUUUCAGAAGGGACAAUCUACUGUCCUAUUCCUGCCAGAAAAAACUCCACAGCUGCUGAGGUGAUCGACUCUCUUAUAAACAGACUUCAUCUUGACAAAACAAAAUGUUAUGUUCUAGCAGAGGUAAAGGAAUUUGGUGGAGAAGAAUGGAUACUCAAUCCAACAGACUGUCCAGUUCAACGAAUGAUGUUGUGGCCUCGAAUGGCUCUGGAAAAUCGUCUAAGUGGAGAGGACUACCGAUUUCUUUUGAGAGAAAAAAACCUUGAUGGGUCAAUCCAUUAUGGUAGUCUUCAGUCAUGGUUACGGGUAACAGAAGAACGUCGCAGGAUGAUGGAACGGGGUUUUCUUCCACAGCCUCAACAGAAAGACUUUGAUGAUUUAUGUAGCUUACCUGAUUUGAAUGAGAAAACUCUCUUAGAAAAUCUACGAAAUCGCUUUAAGCAUGAAAAAAUUUAUACCUAUGUUGGCAGUAUUCUAAUAGUCAUUAACCCAUUCAAGUUUCUUCCUAUUUAUAACCCCAAAUAUGUAAAAAUGUAUGAUAACCACCAGUUGGGAAAACUUGAGCCUCACAUUUAUGCUGUGGCUGAUGUAGCUUAUCAUACCAUGCUUCAGCGCAAAAAGAAUCAGUGCAUUGUGAUUUCAGGAGAGAGUGGUUCUGGGAAGACUCAAAGCACAAACUUUCUUAUUCACCACCUUACUGCUCUCAGUCAGAAAGGAUUUGCCAGUGGAGUGGAACAAAUUAUUCUUGGAGCCGGACCAGUUCUUGAGGCCUUUGGAAAUGCAAAGACGGCUCAUAAUAAUAAUUCAAGUCGUUUUGGCAAGUUUAUUCAAGUAAAUUACCAAGAAACAGGCACUGUACUUGGUGCCUAUGUUGAAAAAUAUCUACUGGAGAAGUCCAGACUCGUUUAUCAAGAGCAUAAUGAACGGAACUAUCAUGUAUUCUAUUACCUCCUGGCAGGAGCAAGUGAAGAAGAGAGAUUAGCAUUCCAUCUUAAACAACCAGAAGAAUAUCAUUAUCUUAAUCAGAUAACAAAGAAACCCCUCAGACAGAGCUGGGAUGAUUAUUGCUGUGAUUCUGAGCCGGAUUGCUUCACAGUGGAGGGGGAGGAUUUGAAGCAUGACUUUGAACGCUUACAACUGGCCAUGGAAAUGGUAGGAUUUCUUCCCAAGACACAAAGACAGAUUUUCUCUCUUCUAUCAGCAAUACUACAUUUGGGUAAUAUCUGUUACAAAAAGAAGACAUACCGGGAUGACUCCAUAGAUAUCUGUAAUCCUGAAGUUCUUCCUGUUGUCUCAGAAUUAUUAGAAGUUAAAGAAGAGAUGCUAUUUGAAGCAUUAAUUAUGAGGAAGACUGUGACAGUGGGAGAAAAGCUUAUUUUACCAUACAGACUGGCAGAGGCUGUGACAGUGAGGAAUUCCAUGGCUAAGUCUUUAUAUAGUGCCCUAUUUGACUGGAUAGUUUUUCGGAUUAAUCAUGCACUUCUGAAUAGUAAAGAUUUGGAGCAAAAUACCAAGACUUUGUCAAUUGGUGUUCUUGAUAUUUUUGGCUUUGAAGAUUAUGAAAAUAAUAGCUUUGAACAGUUCUGCAUUAAUUUUGCUAAUGAACGUUUACAACACUACUUUAAUCAGCAUAUCUUUAAACUGGAGCAGGAGGAAUACAGAGCUGAAGGUAUCAGCUGGCACAAUAUAGAUUAUAUAGAUAACACCUGUUGCAUAAAUCUUAUUAGCAAGAAACCAACAGGACUGCUCCAUCUUUUAGAUGAAGAAAGCAAUUUUCCACAGGCUACAAAUCAAACAUUGCUAGAUAAAUUUAAGCAUCAACAUGAAGAGAAUUCUUACAUUGAAUUUCCAGCUGUGAUGGAGCCUGCUUUCACCAUAAAGCAUUAUGCCGGGAAAGUAAAAUAUGGGGUAAAGGAUUUCCGGGAAAAAAAUACAGAUCAUAUGCGCCCUGACAUUGUAGCUCUUCUGAGAAGUAGCAAAAAUGCAUUUAUCUCUGGGAUGAUUGGAAUUGAUCCUGUAUCUGUUUUCCGAUGGGCGGUUCUCCGAGCCUUUUUCAGGGCUAUGGUUGCUUUCAGGGAAGCCGGGAAGAGACAUAUUCAGAGAAAAACUGGGCAUGAUGAUACAGCGCCAUGUGCAAUUUUGAAAAGUAUGGAUAGUUUUAGCUUUCUCCAACACCCAGUCCACCAGAGGAGCUUAGAGAUUCUGCAGAGGUGCAAGGAAGAGAAGUACAGUGUAACCCGGAAAAAUCCUAGGACACCUCUUUCUGAUCUCCAGGCCAUAAAUACUUUAAAUGAAAAAAACCAACAUGAUACAUUUGAUAUUGCCUGGAGUGGCAGAACUGGGAUUCACCAGAGCAGACUAUCAAGUAACACCUCCUUGCUUGACAAAGAUGGGAUAUUCGCUAACUCAGCUAGCAGCAAACUAUUGGAAAGAGCCCAUGGAAUUCUCACGAGAAACAGAAACUUCAAAUUCAAGCCUGGCCUUCCAAAGCACUUGCUAGAGGUAAAUUCUUUAAAGCACCUGACAAGACUGACUCUGCAGGAUCGCAUUACCAAAUCCCUUCUUCAUUUGCACAAGAAGAAGAAACCUCCCAGCAUCAGUGCUCAGUUUCAGGCCUCAUUAAACAAGCUGAUGGAGACACUUGGUCAAGCAGAACCAUAUUUUGUAAAAUGCAUUCGCUCUAAUGCAGAAAAGCUGCCAUUAAGGUUCAAUGAUGCCUUGGUACUUAGGCAGCUUCGGUAUACUGGGAUGCUGGAGACAGUUCGAAUUCGCCAAUCAGGAUACAGCUGCAAAUACUCUUUCCAGGAUUUUGUGAGCCACUUCCAUGUACUUCUUCCUCGAAAUAUUAUUCCAUCUAAAUUUUACAUUGAGGAUUUCUUCAGGAAAAUAAAUAUUAAUCCAAAUAAUUAUCAAGUUGGAAAAUCCAUGGUGUUCCUAAAGGAACAGGAACGACAGCACCUACAAGAUCUGCUUCACCAAGAGGUGCUCCGCAGAAUAAUAUUGUUACAACGAUGGUUUAGGGUCUUGCUGUGCAGGCAGCAUUUUCUCCAUCUGAGACAGGCAUCAGUUAUCAUUCAGCGAUUCUGGCGCAAUUACCUAAAUCAAAAGCAAGUCAGAGACGCAGCUGUGCAAAAGGAUGCUCUAGUUAUGGCUAGUGCAGCUACUCUUCUCCAGGCUUCCUGGCGUGCUCACUUAGAGAGGCAGCGGUAUUUGGAGCUCCGGACUGCAACCAUCAUCAUCCAGCAGAGAUGGAGGGAGUGCUAUAGGUGGAGGCACAUGGCUGCUAUUUGUAUACAGGCAAGAUGGAAAGGCUACAGGGAAAAUAAGAAGUAUCAAGAACAAAGGAACAAAAUUAUCCUUUUGCAGUCAAUAUGUAGAGGAUUCAGAGCAAGACAAAGAUUUAAAGCUUUAAAAGAACAAAGGCUAAAAGAAACAAAACUAGAACUUGGAUUGAUGAAUAUUGAGCCACAUGGAGCUCUGAAAAUUCAGGGUUCAGACCCUUCAGAAUGGGAGGAUUGUUCUUUUGACAACAGAGUAAAAGCCAUAGAGGAAUGUAAAUCUGUGAUAGAGAGUAAUCGAAUUAGUUCAGUGGACUGCUUGAAGGAUUCCCCAAACAAGCGACAGGAGAGAGCCAGAAGCCAGAGUGGUGUGGACUUGCAGGAAGAUGUGAUUAUAAGAGAGAGACCCAAGUCCUUGGAGGAUCUCCACCAGAAAAAAGUAGGUCGGGCCAAAAGAGAAAGUCGGAGAAUGAGAGAACUAGAACAAGCUAUAUUUAGCUUAGAAUUGCUAAAAGUUCGUUCUCUUGGUGGUGUGUCUCCUUCAGAAGAACGCCGAUGGUCUACAGAACUGAUGCCUGAGGGCCUUCAGUCUUUACAGGGUACACCUGAUAGUGAAAGCUCUCAAGAAAGCUUGGAACUUCUGAGCUGCGAGGAAAGCCAAAAGAGCAAACUAGAGUCUGUAAUGUUAGAUGAAGGAGACUUGCAGUUUCUAUCACCUAAGAUAUCUAGCAGUCAAAAAUUUGAUUCACAGGCCAAUGCCCGAAGUACCUCAAGUGAGGCUAACUAUACAUUGAGUCAAAAGGGAGCAUCCUCUGACUCAAUGCAUUUGAAGAAUGGGACUAUGAAGGAAAAACUGGUUUGCAGUUCUGAAUCUAUUACCUGUAAGCCACAACUGAGAGACUCCUUUGUUUCCAGUAGUUUGCCUACAUUUUUUUAUAUUCCUCAACAAGACCCACUGAAAACAAGUUCCCAACUAGACACAAGUAUCCAGAGAAACAAACUAAUGGAAAGUGAAGAAACAAUUCCAGCUCUUACUUUGGAUGUUAACAGGAAAACUAGAAAGUAUCGCUACUCAGGAGAAAAUCAAGUUGUUGCUUUGAGUACAGAUUCUUCUAAUACUGUGCUUAAGAAGUUGGAAAAGCUGAACACUGAGAAGGAAGAAAGGCAAAAACAGUUGCAGCAGCAGAAUGAAAAAGAGAUGAUGGAACAGAUUAGACAGCAAACAGAUAUUUUAGAGAGGGAGCGUAAAACCUUCAAGACAAUUGAAAAACAAAGAAUUGGGGAGUCUUUUCCAGUAUCAUCUUUCUAUCAAUCAAAACCAAGAGUAGAGAGGCCAUCCUCUCUCCUCAUUCCGAAUACCCCAAAUAAGAAAGAAUCUGAUGUACUAGGGCAUCCAUCAGUAACUGUAAAAGAUGCAGCUCUUGCCCUAAAAGACAGUCCCUCUGCUCACUUUCCCCUGAAGGAUCGACCUGCCACCCUGUUCUUUGAAAGAAAAGGAGGCCCAUGCCAAUCUAGUACUGUCAAUGAAUUAUCCAAGACAGACAGAAUGUGCAACCAACCGAAUGUAGCCUGUAAAUUCAAUAAUAAUGGCAUUUCAAAAAGAGAACACUUUAAGCCAACUCAAUCUAAGAGCCACAAAUCUAAUGACCCUCCCAGAGAUGGAACUACUAUGGCCAUUUUCUUCACACCAAAGGAAAAUAUGAGUAUUUCCCUUGUCAACAGGGAAUCCUUAAACAGUGGAAAUCCUAAAGUCCAUAAACAAGAUGAACCAAUUUGGAAACCUAUGAAGUUAACUGGGCCGGGCCAAGGAGAGCAGGUUGCCAGACCGGCCCAUAAAAAGAAAGCUCGAAUGGCGCGGACGCGCUCCGAUUUCUUGACUAGAGGUACUUUUGCUGAUGGGGAGGGGGAUACAGAGGAAGAUGAUUACGAUGACAUUGAGCCCCUUCUCUCCCUUGACCAACCUUCUCACUCUGAGCUAGGGCCAGCUCCCAUCCUGGGUCAGGCCUCUCACAGUGACUCCGAAAUGACAUCACAACGAUUUUCUUCGGUUGAUGAAGAAACAAAACUUCAUAAGACUAUGUCUCAAGGAGAGAUUACGAAGUUGGCAGUGAGAGAGAAGUCUUCAGAUUCGGAUAUAAGACCUCAGAAAGCGAGGAUGAGGUUCUGGGCCAAAGGGAAACAAGGGGAGAAGAAGACCACCAGAGUGAAACCUGCCACGCAGUCGGAGGUUUUACCGCUCUUGGCUGGCUCAGAUAUGAUUCCAAUGCAUCAGUUUCCAGAUGAAUUAGCUCAGUAUCACCCAACACCUCCUUUGAGCCCAGAAUUGCCUGGUAGUUGCCAGAAGGAGUUCAAAGAGAACAAAGAGCCCUCUCCAAAGGCAAAGCGCAAGCGAAGUGUGAAGAUCAGCAGCCUGGCUUUGGAAUCUAUGCAUUGGCAAAAUGACUCUGUCCAGAUCAUAGAAAGUGCCAGUGAUUUAAAGAGCAUGGAUGAAUUUCUUCUGAAAAAGAUGAAUGACCUAGAUAAUGAAGACAGCAAGAAAGACACACUAGUGGAUGUUGUAUUUAAAAAAGCCCUGAAAGAAUUCCGGCAGAAUAUCUUCAGCUUUUAUUCAUCUGCAUUGGCGAUAGAUGAUGGGAAAAGCAUACGGUAUAAAGACCUCUAUGCACUAUUUGAGCAGAUUCUGGAAAAGACCAUGAGACUUGAGCAGCGAGAUUGGAGAGAAUCUCCAGUCAGAGUUUGGGUCAACACUUUUAAAGUGUUUUUAGAUGAAUAUAUGAAUGAAUUCAAGACUUUGGAUUGUAUACCCCCAAAGGUGCCAAAAACAGAAAGAAAGAAAAGAAGGAAAAAAGAAACUGAUUUAGUGGAAGAGCACAAUGGUCACAUCUUCAAGGCCACUCAAUACAGCAUUCCUACGUACUGUGAGUACUGUUCUUCUUUGAUAUGGAUAAUGGACCGAGCCUCUGUUUGCAAAUUAUGCAAGUAUGCUUGCCAUAAGAAGUGCUGUCUGAAAACCAUAGCCAAGUGUUCUAAAAAGUAUGACCCAGAGCUAUCAUCUCGACAAUUUGGGGUUGAACUGUCCCGUUUGACUAGUGAAGACCGAACUGUUCCUCUAGUGGUGGAAAAGCUCAUAAACUACAUUGAAAUGCAUGGACUGUACACAGAAGGUAUUUACCGAAAGUCUGGUUCAACUAAUAAAAUCAAGGAGCUUCGACAAGGUCUAGACACAGAUGCUGAGAGUGUAAACCUAGAUGACUAUAACAUACACGUCAUUGCAAGUGUAUUCAAACAAUGGCUUCGUGAUUUGCCCAAUCCACUCAUGACCUUUGAACUGUAUGAAGAAUUUCUUCGAGCUAUGGGUCUUCAGGAAAGGAAAGAGACAAUUCGUGGUGUAUACUCUGUGAUUGAUCAGCUUUCCCGAACUCAUCUUAAUACACUGGAACGCCUCAUCUUUCAUCUUGUCAGGAUUGCUCUGCAGGAAAACACUAAUCGAAUGUCUGCUAAUGCUUUAGCCAUUGUGUUUGCACCCUGCAUUCUACGCUGCCCUGAUACCAUUGACCCACUACAAAGCGUGCAGGACAUCAGUAAGACUACCACUUGUGUGGAGCUGAUUGUUGUGGAACAAAUGAAUAAAUAUAAGGCUCGUCUCAAAGACAUCAGUAGCCUGGAAUUUGCUGAGAAUAAGGCAAAGACCAGGUUGUCACUGAUUCGUAGAUCAAUGAAACCUGUACUAAUUGCAGUUAGAUUUAUGAGCAUUACCCGCAGUUCAGUCUCGGGAAAGGGGUGUCUUCGUCGAGGAAACUAUGCAAGUCCAUCCUCUCCUGUUGUAGUUCGGUUGCCCUCUAUGUCUGAUGUCCCAGAAGAGACCUUGACUAGUGAGGCAGCCAUGGAGAUGGACAUCACAGAACAGCAGCAAGCAGCUAUGCAGCAGGAGGAGAGAGUGCUGACUGAACAGAUUGAGAACCUACAGAAAGAGAAGGAGGAGCUAACAUUUGAGAUGCUUAUACUGGAACCCCGUGCCUCUGAUGAUGAAACCCUUGAGUCUGAGGCCUCCAUUGGGACCGCCGAUAGCUCAGAAAACUUAAAUAUUGAGUCUGAAGGUGCCAUCUCUGAGAAAUCAGAGAGAAGCUUGGCUCUUAGCUCCCUGAGGGCAGCUGGCAAGUCUGCACCUUCUAGCAAGUUGAGAAAGCAGCUAAAAAAGCAGCACGACUCUUUGGAUUCAAUGGACUCUUCAGUCUCUUCUCAUGGGACCAGAAAACGAUUUCAGAUUUAUUCCAAAUCUCCAUUCUACCGAGCUGGCUCAGCUGGUGAGGCCCUGGAAAUGGAGGGACCAUUGGGCCUGACCAAAUCCCUAGAAGACAGACCUCAGUUCAUCAGCAGAGGAACCUUCAACCCUGAAAAGGGCAAACAAAAAUUAAAGAAUGUGAAAAACUCACCUCAGAAAACCAAAGAGACCCCAGAGGGGACCAUGGGGUCUGGCCACAGGAAAACUGUGGACCCAGACUGCAGCUCCACCCAACAGCCAGCUCUCUUUGGAAAUAAUGAGUUUAUGGUCUGAACUAGCAGAUGUAUAUUCCUUCAUAGCUGCAGAGUAGUAAACACAUCUCAUUUUUAGGCCUCUUCUCAUUGCCUCAUCCACAAUAGUCCAUUCUAAGUGAGGUCCAGCCUCUUGCCCAAGCAUACAACCAAGACCUGGUGUGCUAAAUUCCUGGGCCUCCUGUGGAAGUGGAAAGGCCUCUUUGAAGCCUGCCGGGAUGGUGCCAGCUGUGCCUUGGCUGCAGUAUUUGACCAGAGAUUUCACUAACAAAGCCACCUAGCUAGGACUUGGGGAUUUGGGUCAGUCGUGGAGGUCUUUGUAGUUGCCUCUCUUCCAUCCUCUUUUCCCUUUCCAGAGGUGGGUGUGGAACUGGUGAGCACAUUGUGGGCCUGAGGGGCGCAUUGAUUUCUGGCCUUGGAAGAAAACAUGUAAAUCUUUCUUAACCAUGUAAGCAAAAGCCUUUCAGUUUAUUUUGGGAUAGUUAGGAGCUGGGGUAGAAUAUACUUUUUUCCCCCAAGGAUUUAUAAAAAAAAGGCUAAGCCCUCUAUUUUAAGAUUUUUUUGAAAAACACUUCAUGUUAUAUUCUGGGGAAAGUAAAAAGGCAAUUGUUUCCAUUAAGCCAUCAGAGCAUGUCUCAGACCUCUGGUUACACAAUGAAGAAGAGAGUAGAAGUUUUGUUUUUUUAUGAUGUUUGAUGUAAUAAUAAUCAAUGCUGGUUUAACUUCUAGUUAGUUCCUGCCAAAUAUAUUGCAUGGGCUGAAGUUUCAGUAGCCAUACUGUUCUCAUAUUCUCUGGUCCUAGAAUCAGUUUCCUCUAAUUUUCUUAAAUGACCCAGAGAUAUGGUGAACACUAAACAUGAGGGUUUCACCCUAAUCCAUCCACGCUUUUCUCUUUGUGUAGAUUGAACUGAAGAUCACAUAUUCAUCUGCUGGUAGAUUUCAACCUAGAACUCAAAGACAAAUGACCAAUUAAUCAAUUCUCUCAAAACAUUCACAACACAAUACUACAUGAAUAAGUGUUACAGAAAGCUGCCAAAAAAUAAGAGAGAACUUUUUCAGAUGACCCAUCUAACUUAUUUUUUCCUCAGACCAUCAGUAUUAAAUAGACUUUUUAAAAAAUCAAGGACUACUUGAAGCUACUUUUGUUAAUAUUCUGGUUACUGAAGUUUACUGUAAAUAUAAAUGUAUAGUAUGCAUAUUUCUUUUUCACCUUAUGCUUCCCUCCUCCCAUGGAAUUUCUUCCUAAGAUUAGGGAUCAUUGGACAGGGAGGUGAGAGCCACACAUCCCUGGGUUGAGGGACAAGUCACAAGUCAAACCAUCUUCACCACUAGGUGUCUCCGUACACAUGAGUUAUAAUAGCAUUUUAAGCUUCUUAGCAUCAGUAGGAUUCGAAAUCUAUUUCUGCUAUUUAUAUAUAAUAUAUGAGAAAUGAAACAUGCUCCUCUUUCUUGAGAUAAAUAUGUGAAAAUGUUUAUUUUUAAAGUUACUAAAUGGAUCUUGUCUAACUACCACAUGCACUGUUACCUGAAUUUUGGUUAUUCUUCCUUUUAAUGCUUUUUGAAUUUGAAGUUACAGAACUAUUAAGACAUGUUAAGGCAGAGUCUCUCCUGUUACAUGACACUGAACCUCAUGCCACUGCUAAAGUGGUGGUUGUCGAACUCCAGAGAUGAGACUUGGAACAUCAUUCUGAGUGGCAGCUAAAGGCAGCAGGAGUCUUCUCUGUCCCUGGUUUGGGUUCCAAAAUGAGCUAGGAAAAGGGAUCUUGAUGAUGGUUAGUGAAUAAAUGUUCCAUUUUAUAUACCCCGCAAACAUCUGCCACCUUGUCCAGGCUGUCCUGAGGAGUCAUAAAUGUAAAGCCUUUAAAAAUCUGAAUUUCGGAAAGUUUCCCAGAGGAAAACCUAAUUCAUCCCCAGCAUGGCUGUGUGAAAGUGGGAUUGCUGCUGCCUUGGCGCCGCUGCCAGACUGCAGGUCUGUGUCAGUGUUCUUGGGAGAGUAGCAUUCUGCUGGGCAUGACUGCUGCUCUUCACUUGCCAGGCAUUGGUCAAUACCAUACAAAAGGAGAGAGUACCCUUAUUGCACAGUUUCCUUUGGCCCAGAGGAAUGGCCUGCAGAACACAUCUUGGCAUGUUCUUCUAAAUUUUUGUGGAUUUUUAUUGUUUUUGCAAAAUAAGUUUUGGCAAUUAAAAAACAACUCAUAUAGGACGUUUUAUAGGAACUUGACAAUGGAUGUUAAGAGACUUUAUAAUUUUUCUCAGGGACUUGAAACCUGAAUUUGGAUAAAGUUAAAUAAAAAAUAUUGCUUUUCAGUUGCUAGAUUUGUGGAUUUCUAGUCAUUUAACAAGCUGCCAGAAUGGAGGGUGGUAGGGAGGAGAGAGCCACACAAUUACAAAAAUGCAGAGCAAGUGUGGGACCCUCCCUUUGAAGGAAGGAAAGCUGCUAUUCUCAUGGGAUAAUAGGUGUUGUGGGCCUGAUACAGAGAUGAUGCCAUAACUCUCAAAAACUGUCAGAACCAAGUGUUCUGUCUCCCUCCAUUUGAUCUUAACUGGUUCUCUCCCUGGUUAUGUCACCACAAAGUGAUGCUGUAUGCAUUGCAACCACUUAUGAUUAAGAUAUUUAAUCUUAACAUGUGUCACAUCUGUAUUUUCUAUUGCUUUGCAUGUUUACUUUGAUCUCAAAUGCCUCAAAGAAAAUGCCUGCAUGGCAGCAGCAGGAUGGCCCCAUACUUGGAGCCCAUACUCCAAAUUGAAGAGCAUUCUGUUCUAUCACACAUUCCUGGCCCCAAACAAAGCCUGGAUUUCAAUUUUCCCCAGUGAAACCAACACAUCCCUUAUCAUGAAAAAUGUGAUAGCAUCAGAAAAGUCUAAUUUGGAUCACAUUGGGUGCCACAAAGUGAAGCAAAUGAUUAUAACAGCAAAACAGGAAAGGUUCAGGGAGGUGGUAUGCUUAGUUUGUAAUGCACUUUGUACUUCCUGCCAUUUUAAUUAUUUUCCCACUCUGGGCUUCUGAAAACACUAGGGGAGGUACGCCUUCCCUGUAGGAGCCUUGCAGAGGCAAGGGACCCAGGUCAGGGAAGGGGAUACCAGAGCCCUGCCUUCUCAUUCCUCAGAAACCAGCUGCAGCUCUCCACUCACCUCUGCUGGGAGGUUAGAAGAGACUUCCCUGUUCUAUCAUGAGAGGGUUUUUUCACUGUCAGAGACAAAGGAUCCCAGAAACCUGCUGAAAAGAGGAAGUCCAGCGAAGUGCUGCAGGCCCCCUUCAGUGCCUGUGGGCCUUGAUGUUUUUAAAAUUGUAACUAAUGACUGUGUACAUUUCACAAGCACUUUGGUAAACCAGAGAGAAGAAAGUGUUCUCAGGAUGUGUUCAAAGCUUAAGAGUUUUAAUUUUAAAGAGAAACACAGUCCAAACAGCUUUCCUCAUCCUCCUCUCCUUUUAUUUUUUCCCUUGAUGGGGAGCUGGAUAUGGGACAUGCAUCAUUCUGUGUUGAAAAAUGCAUAUGUCACCCAUAAUUUUGUGAUAACUUCUCAGCCCUGUUCCCCAACACCAUGCUAGCCUUGGUUGUAAAAUUCCUCGGUAUUUGUGGGAGUCCUUUGUCUUUUCUAAGCCCCUAAAAUACUUUUAACCACUUUUUUUCUGGAACCAUUCCCACGUUUGAUUUGGUGUUCAACAGUAACAGCAAAAUGAUGAGUGUGGACAUGGAUCUAUUAGGUUUUGUUGGUCUCUUGGUUGAAACUUAAAAAAAAAAAAAAAAGCCCCACCAAGGGGCCUAUCACCUUGCUAUCCAUCCAUACUUAAUACCUAUUUAUCAGUCGUCUUAGGUCAUAUAAAAGUUGCACCUUUUGAACCAUGUAAUUGUAUUUAACUAGGGGAAAGGUGUAUACUACAGAUUAGUAUUAUAUUAUUUUAAUGGGUUUAAAUAAUUUAUAAGUAUGCUGAGUGUAAAUUUUUAAAAGACUAUGUAUUGUAAAAGGACAUAUCCUGUGAAAUAUAUUUUACUGUUAAACAGAAUAAUUCUAUAAGAAGAAUGAUUUAUCUCACCCAUGGAAUUGAUUACAUUCCUAAUACCAUCACCAGGCGCUUUGUAAUUUCCCUUUGCUUUUGGAGAGUGUGGGGGAGCAAGAUACAUCUGUAUAGAGUCCAGUUUGUGUCACUCAAGAUAUGCGCUGUAUGGCUACACAAAAGCAGCUUGAUGAACAAAUCACUCCAAUGGCUCAUUAAAGAACAAAAGCUUCCAGAA